AUGGAGCGGCGGGGCGCGGCGGCGGCGGCGGCGCUGGGCGCCCUGGGGCGGCGGCUGCUGUGGGCGCUGCCCGCCUACGCGGCCGGGCUGCUGGGGCUGGGCGCCGGCGCCGUGCUCCUGGCGCUGGCGCUCUACGCGGGCUGGCGGCGGCGGCGGCGCGCCCGGGAGCGCGGGCUGCGCCUGGCCGCCCGCCUGCAGCACGACGAGGAGGCGGCGGUGCGCGCCGCCGCCGCCGCCGGGCUGGGCACCGCCCGCGGGGAGCUGCCGGCCUGGGUGACCUUCCCGGACGUGGAGAGGGCGGAAUGGCUGAACAAGGUCCUGGCCCAGGCUUGGCCCUUCUUCGGGCGCUACAUGGAGAAGCUGCUGGUGGAGAACGUGGCGCCGGCCAUCCGUGCCUCCAACACCCACCUCCAGACCUUCACCUUCACCAAGGUGGACAUGGGCGAGAAGCCUCUGCGCGUCCUGGGGGUCCGGUCCCACCCCGGCACCCACAAGCAGCAGAUCCUGCUGGACCUCAACGUCAGCUACGUAGGUGACGUCCAGAUCGACGUGGAGGUGAAGAAGUUCUUCUGCAAGGCCGGGGUGAAGGGGAUGCAGCUCCACGGGAUGCUGCGGAUCAUCCUGGAGCCCCUGCUCGGCGACGUGCCCAUCGUGGGUGCCCUCACCAUGUUCUUCAUCCGGCGCCCGACCUUGGACAUCAACUGGACGGGGAUGACCAACCUGCUGGACAUCCCAGGGCUCAGCUCCGUCUCAGACACCAUGAUCAUGGACGCCAUCUCCUCCUACCUGGUCCUGCCCAACCGGCUCCUGGUGCCGCUGGUGCCCGACCUGCACGAGGCUGCGCAGCUCCGGUGCCCGCUGCCCCGGGGCGUCGUGCGGGUGCACCUCCUGGGUGCCCGGGACCUGCAGAGCAAGGACCGCUUCAUGCGGGGGCUGGUGGAGGGCAAGUCGGACCCCUACGCUGUGCUGCGUGUCGGCACCCAGGUCGUCACCAGCCGCGUCAUUGAUGACAACCUCAACCCCACCUGGGACGAGGUGUACGAGUUCAUCGUGCACGAGGUGCCGGGGCAGGAGAUCGAGGUGGAGCUGUUCGACAAGGACCCCGACCAGGACGACCUCCUGGGCAGGAUGAAGCUGGACCUCGGGGAGGUGCUGAAGGCCCGGGUGCUGGAGGAGUGGUUCCCGCUGCAGGACGGCGGCCGGGGCCGGCUCCGCCUGCGCCUCGAGUGGCUCACGCUCAUGUCCGACGCCUCCAAGCUGGACGAGGUUUUGCAGAGGAACCGGACCAUCGCGGCCAAACCCGAUCCCCCGUCGGCCGCCAUCCUGGUCGUGUACCUGGACCGGGCCCAGGAGCUGCCCCUGAAGAAGUCCGGGAAGGAGCCCAACCCCAUGGUGCAGGUGUCGGUGCAGGACGUCACGCGGGAGAGCAAGGUGGUCUACAACACGGCCGCCCCGGUCUGGGAAGACGCUUUCCGCUUCUUCCUGCACGACCCGGCGCACCAGGACGUGGACAUCCAGGUGAAGGACGACAUGCGCCAGAGCAGCCUGGGCUCCGUCUCCGUGCACCUCUCCCGCCUGCUCGCGGCGCCCGAGCUGACGCUGCGGCAGCCGUUCGCGCUGGAGCGCUCGGGGCCCCGCAGCCGCCUCUACAUGACGCUGGUGCUGCGGGUGCUCUUCCUCGACGCCCCCGAGGGCGGCUGCGGCCCCCCGCCCGCCCCCCCGGGGCAGCUGGACCUGCAGCCCGGCGGCGCCGGGGCCGGCAGCAGCGCCGAGCGGCCCAGCAAGGCCAGCCCCGACCCCCAGUUUGGCACCGAGCACGUGCUCCGGAUCCAUCUCCUGGAGGCCGAGAACCUCAUCGCCAAGGACAACUUCCUCAAGGGCAUGGUGCGGGGCAAGUCGGACCCCUACGCCAAGGUGCGGGUGGCCGGGAAGGUUUUCCGCAGCCGCGUGGUCAAGGAGGAGCUGAACCCCCGCUGGAACGAGGUCUACGAGGUGGUCGUGGACAGCGUCCCGGGGCAGGACGUGGAGUUCGACCUCUUCGACAAGGACAUCGACAAGGACGAUUUCCUGGGCCGGUGCAAGGUGCCGCUGCGCCGGGUGCUGAGCAGCCGCGUGGUGGACGAGUGGCUGCCCCUGGAGGAGGUGAAGUCCGGCCGCCUCCACGUGCGCCUGGAGAGCCUGGCGCCGUGCCCCAGCGCCGCCCUCCUGGAGCAGGUCCUGCACGCCAACGGCCUCCUGCAGCCCGCCCGGGGCGAGGAGCUCUCGGCCGCCCUGCUCUCCGUCUUCGUGGACCGAGCCGCCGACCUCCCGGUCCGCAGGGGCUCCAAGCCGCCCGCCGCCUGCGCCAGCCUCGCUGUGCGCGACGUCUCCGUCAAGACCAAGACCUGUGCCCCCAGCUCAGAGCCGGUGUGGGAUGAAGGCUUCUCCUUCCUCAUCAAGCGGCCCCAUGGGGAGUCACUGGAGCUGCAGGUGAGGGACGAGGGGGGGCAGCCCCUGGGUGCCCUCAGCCUGCCCCUGCCCCAGCUGCUGGCCUCGGAGGGGCUCGCCGUGGACGGCUGGUUCCCGCUGGCCGGGGGGGGCCCCGGCGGGCAGGUCCUGCUGCGGGCGCAGCUGGGGGUCCUGGUGUCCCAGGACGUGGAGGGGGCGGCCGGCGACGGGGGGGACCCCGAGCCCCAGGACGUGGAGCCGCGGCAGGAGGAGGAGAGCGGAGCUGGGGGGCAGCUGCGCCAGCGCCUGGCCCCCGCGGAGGGCCGCGCCGAGCCGGCGGAGCCCCCCCUGGGCCGGCUGCAGCUCUCGCUCUGCUACCGCGCCGACGAGCGGAAGCUGGUGGCCGUCGUGCACGCCUGCAGGAAGCUCCGGGCGGUCUCCAAGGACCUCCCCGACCCCUACGUCUCCCUCGUCCUCCUGCCCGACAAGAGCCGGGCCACCAAGAGGAAGACCAGCGCGCAGAGGAAGACCCUGAACCCCGACUUCAACGAGAAGUUCGAGUGGGACCUGUCCCUGGAGGAGGCCGGGCGGCGCAAGCUGGAAGCUCACGUCAAAUCCACGGUGUCCUUCAUGUCGCGGGAGAAGGAGGCGCUGGGGAAGCUCCACCUGGACCUGGCGCAGGUGGACUUGUCCGAAGGGGGGGCCCACUGGUACGAGCUGCGGGACGAGCGGAGCAGCCCCUAGCGCCGGCCCCGGCCCCGGCCCCGGCCCCGGCCCCGGCCCCGGCGCGUCCCGCCGCCACCGCCUGCCUUGCACUGACCAAAGAGCCGGGGGGGCCGGACGGGGCGCUCGCCCGGCCCCCCCCCGCCGCCGCUUCAGACUGUUACUAUUUAUGUUGUGCCUUUUCGCCCCCGUUUCUAUCGAGGGAGACCCGCCCCCCCCCCCCCCGUCGCGGGGAGACGCUUGUGUUAGAGCCACCGCCACCGCCGUGCCACCGCCGUGCCCGUCCCCUCGCUGCCUGCCCGGGGGGCUGCGGCCCCCCGUCUCCCCCCCGUGCAAAUAAAGGAGGGAGGAGAGA